GAGGCCCCUCACCUCUCUGCCCGGCCCCCUCAGCUUCGGCCCCGCCCCUCGCUGUGACCUGUGACCUUCGACCCGGGGGACCCUGCUGUGAGCUUCCUGCUUACUCCGCCCCUCCUCCAUUUCCCACCCCUAACCCCUUCCUGGCUUCCAGGCCCUGACUAGUCAUUCAUUUCCGGGUCUCUGCUCUCCCGGAAAUCGCCUGGGGUGGUGGGGUUGGGGUCCCCUGAGGCCCCCAGUUUCAAGUCUCUUCCUGAGCAUCCCGGACCUGGAUCUGUCCAGUUCAGGAGGGUUUGAGAGGGUUUGGGCGACCGGUAUGGGUGUGGGGACGGGGAAGGGGGCUUGACAUCCACACUUGCGGGGCUUUGUGACCAAAAGAAGUGCGACAUCGCGGACUGACCCAGUGGCCCAGAUCCCUGACCCCAACAUCGCCGUCUUGAGCUGCCCCUAAGAGGAAGCAACUCCAUCACCGAAGACCAGGUUCUGUCCUGUUAAAUGGAGGCAGAUUUUUUGAAAGGACUGCCCGUCUACAACAAAAGCAAUUUUAGUCGAUUUCAUGCAGACUCUGUGUGUAAAGCCUCGAACCGACGUCCCUCAGUCUACCUGCCCACGCGGGAAUACCCGUCUGAACAGAUCAUCGUGACAGAAAAGACAAACAUCCUUUUGCGUUACCUACAUCAGCAAUGGGACAAAAAGAAUGCCGCCAAGAAGAGAGACCAGGAACAAGUGGACCUCGAGGGUGAGAGCUCUGCGCCCCCCCGCAAGGUGGCUCGGACCGAUAGCCCAGACAUGCACGAGGACACUUAAGACUCACACUCCCCCACAGGCGCCUCUUGUCUUCUGUGCUCCCCUCCCACCGUGUGUGUAAGCGCUCCCUGCCCGCACCCUGCCUUGCCCACACCACUUCCAACCUCAUAGGAGCCAAUGUAUUUAUUUUCCUUGAGUUUUUAUUUAUGCUGUAAAUGUACCAAGUGAUGGUUAAAGGGGCCGUCAGACACAGUAGUGUGAUAUUGGUAGAUGCUUUUUAAACAUUGUUAUUCCCUCCAUCCCGUUCCCUCUUCUCCCCACUUCUCCAGACACCAGAGCGGGUCUGUGAGGGUCUAGAGCCAGGCCUGCUGCAUCAGGUGACAGUGUGGGGGCCCUUUUCCCGAUUCCCACCUGCUCGUCCGGGCUUUUAAGACUUGGCCUUGUCUCUCAAGUUCCACUGGAACCUAUUCCGUGCUCAGAUCCUGCUCUGAGCGUGUGCAAGGCGAAGUCAGCCCUUCUGGAUCUUUCUCCUGUCAUUUUAUCAUGGACUAGUGCGUGCUCCAUGUCCACCCCAAUAAAAGGGUCUUUCCUACUUGACCUUGCGUCUUUGCUCCGCGUGCCUCAGCCCCAGAGGACGGAGCCCCUGAGAGUCAUCCCAUCAUCACCAAGAGGAGCCAAGAGGGAACCCCAUGCACUGGGGCCCUGGGACCAGCUGGAUUCUCUCAUGGGCCUGCUGUGAUUGCUUCACUCAGAGCUGACACCUGUCUGGAGCCGCCCCCUGCUUCACCUGUCAAGGUGUCCCUGAGGAUCAGGAUGUCCCCAAGAGACAGUCAAGCUGCCCGGGGUGGAACUGUGGUGGACUGCACUCCCGGGAUACCUGCCAGCCGCAGUGGAGACAGCCUCAGGCUCAGAGAGCAGGCACAUGGAUGCCUGGGUGAUGUUAGUUCUGCGCGUUCCACGACCAUGAGGGCUUCCAGCUGGGGUGGGUUUGGAGCUGAGCUCAGGGCCCUAGAGGGUGUUUGGGUUCUGGGCAGUGGGUUCAGGGCCGUAGGGGAAGAUCACUACCCGCCUCACUGGUCCCAAGUGGGGCCUAGGGGUCGGAGCUGAGUGCCAGGGCUUUGAAUGGUGAAGUGUUGGACCAUGUAACUAGAGGACACAUCAGGCCUUGGAGGGGUGCCCGUCACCUCCCAGGUGGAAGGUUCCAGGGCUGGUUGCCUGGCUGUACAGGGGGGGCUUUGCCUUCUAGCUCUGGGCAGUUCCUCGCUUGGGCAUGGAGUUCCUAGUCCCAGGGCCGAUCUGGUUACCUGGGUGGGCAGGUGGUUAGUCCCUUUGUUAGUGACUGAAUAGGUGGGACCUCAGCUUUAAAGGCCAGGAGGCAGAGCUGGAGCAGAACAGGCACACCCUGCUCAUCUGUAUUUCUGUGCCUCAGUUUCGCCUUGGGGCGUUGGACUCCACCUCCUGCCACUGCUAUUUGUGGCAUUGGUGGGGGUCCCACGGCUGUGCAGGCCCCUCAGCUGACCUCCCCACUUCUGCCUUUGGUGCCCCCACCCCAUCUGCUCCCCCAAACACCAAACUCUGCCUUCCCACACCUCUGUGCCUUUGCACAGGCUGCUCUCCUGCCUCCAGUAAACCCUGAUGUCUCUUUCACCAUCCCCCCCAAAGUGCCCCUUCCUUACAAUGGCUCUCCCUGGGCUCUUCCAGCUUUGGGCAGGGCCCUGUUGGACACGUAUGAGGUGAUGUCUUCCCUGAUCACACAGCAGAGCGCCAGGGACUUGGGCCUGACCCACAGUGGGGCACCCUGGCCACUCCCUAAUGCCACCCAGGGACCCCUGAAGGUGCCAUAUCUUCACUACAGUGACCUGGGUACCAGAUGCCUUCCAGUUUUCACACUCCAGUCUCUUCCCAUUACCCCCUGGUUCUAGAUGGCAGCCCUGGCGGUGGGUAUGCCAGCAAUUGUGGCCAAGAGGACUGAGCCCCACUCCUGCAGGGCUGAGCCUGGCUCGGGCCCAGGCCCAGCUCCCAAACUGCUGAGUCCUUUCAGUACUUUGAGAUUUCUUUCUGUCUAGGAGGCUGAAGGCAGGGCCUGAGGCCCUGCAGCUCUUCCCAGGGAGGAGUUCUGAAGUCAGCCCCCAAAUUUGGGCCAACUCGGAAGCGGCCAGUCUGGAGUUUUCCAUCUGUGGCCUCAAGACCCAGUUCUUAGGAGGAGGCCCCCAAGGGUCACAGAAUGGGCGGGGCAUCCCCAGUGCCAACCUCGUCACCCAGGCCCCCUGAUUCCCCUUCCACGGUUCCAUCCUCUGGCACUGUUGAAAUAUACUUUUUAUUGCAUUUCUGCCGUUUUACAAAAAUAUGACAAAAUAAAUUAAAAACAAAUAAAUAAUCGCCUAUUCUGUGUUUGUGUAUUUUGUUGGGUUUUUGGGUUUCCUUUUGUUUCCCCCAUCCUGGUCAA